CGAAGUACACUCGUUUGCAAACAAAUUUGGUUUUGUGAGAGACUCAGCUGGAAGCCAGCUGAAUCUCUCGUUUGUGAUGUUUCCAGGCAACUGAAUUUGUUGCACCAGGCCGCCUCAUGUUUCAGUUGCUGCGAUGUACGAGAUGUUGCGGUACACAUAUUCGUAAUGCUGGCCAAACUGACGUCAACCAAUCUGGGUAAACACAGUGCAGAUAUAAACUCCUAUGCAAAUAUACGCAUAAAAUGUCAGUGCACUCUGGUCGUGAUCGGAAAAGAUCAGCUGUCAGUUGGAAAAAUUGGCAACAUUUGCUUUGCGGUCGGGCUUUUAGAGACCUGUUUUGUUUGUAACAUACAUUGUAAGAGUGAUCAGUGUUUGUUAAACCUGACUGUUUCAACUCCACACAGAUGGUUAGAACGCGAAGUUACCGACCAGAAGAUUGGGGGUUCGAACCCGACCUCUGCCUCUCAAGUUUCCCUGUCUAGGCUUGGACAACCUGGCAGUAUCCCAGCCCUCGUGCUUCCUUGGGGUGGCAUGGCUGUUAGGUACCGGGAGAAUGCUACAGCUGAACGUUUUAUACACAUAUUUUGCUUUCAUUCAUUCGAGAAAAGCUGUUUUUUGGUCACAACCUGUUUGGUUACAACCUACAGCUGA